AUGACAGAGGCAGACCCCAGCAGUCCCCCGCGCCUCCCGGAAGACGUCAUGUACCUCCUCUUAGGACACCUCGGCGCCACCACCAGCCCUUCCGCCCUGACCACCUUUCUGCGCGUCUCCCGCUACUUCCACAAGAGACUCAUUCCCUUCCUUUACACAUCACCGAUGCUUACCCAACGGAACAACUUUGGCUUCUUCUACCCGCUCUACUAUGACGACCACAAAAUUGAUGACGAUGAGAGGGAAGAAUGGUGGCAAGGAGACCUAGAGGACAAAAAGUCGGCAGUUGCGAGAAGGCUACCUAUGCUGGGAUAUGUGCAGUGUGUCAGCUUUGAGGAUGAUGUCACUGCAGGGAUGUGUAAUUCUGCGGUCGAUGGGUUUCUUGCGCAGGGUCUUGACAGCCCACCCAGGGAAUGGUAUGGGUACCCAUGCAGCAGUCAAGACGACUCUUCUCCCGCCCGUCGCCACCUCUUCUAUGGCCGCGCUUUCACCCACCUCCACCUCUCCCACAAGUUUUUGGGAGGCUUAAGAUUAUAUCUCAAACCGGAAAACGAGAGUCGACGGGUCCAGACAUUUCAAUCAAUGCUGGGGCCAUUUGGGGUGUUGUCGAUUCAACAGCCAGAAUCUUUACGGGGACUGCAUGGGUAUUUUGUGCCACAUUGUCUGCGACCAAUCUGCAUAAGGGCCAAGCCCCUCGUGCUGGUGAUCAACGACUAUGACGAUAUCAAACUCGCUUAUAUACUGUCUCCCUCCCAACGCGGUAUUGCAAUGCGCCUCUGGGGCAGUGUGAACACUCGGUCAAAUGCACAAACUGAUGAAGUCGUUGAGUUCUUGUCGAGUCAUAUGAAAAUCACACACGAGCCCCUCUUCUACAUCAUAUACAACUUUUCGAUGGAUGAGGCAUGCUACGACCACUGUAACGGCAAACAGGUCAGAGACUUGAUCCUCAACCGUGCUUUCGCGGCGGCCUCCCAAUCGCCUAAAGAGAGGAUCGUGAGGCUGGAGAUCAUCAUGCAAGGCCCUCAGUCGAAUGCUGCCACGGUGGAGAGCAUGAGGUCUGAUAUAUUUGAGUUGAUGAAGAAAGGUUAA